AUGGAAAAAGUUAACCAACAUCAAAAGGAUAAAAAAAAAAAUAAUGGAAAUAAACAUUCGUCCCAAAUUAAUUUAAAGGAAUCCUCGCUUAACAAAAUACUUAACAUACAGCAGGAGACAUUAAACGAAGAAAGUCAUUCGGAAACCUGCAACAAAAAGGAAACUUUUACUCCAAAUCGAAGUAAUGAUGUGGAAGUCAAUAGACAGGAAAUUACUUUUCUCAAUCAAAAUGAUGUUUUGGAGACGAUAUAUUUGGCAUCGGAUGAAAUGUUGGAAUCGAUACAAUUCGAAGAUUCUACUGUAGAAAUUGUUGGAUUUAUCGAUGAAAUUGACGGUCCGAAGAUAGUUGGUAAAUCCCAACAUUAUAGAUUAUUAAAAUUUUUGGUGAACAACAACAGUAAACAUCGCAUUCAAGUUGUUGCCUGGAACGAAGAAAUUGAUCGUAUAAAUUUUUAUAUACAACCAAAUCGAAUUGUGCAUAUUGAUGGUGCUAAGGCUAAAAAGGUAAAAAUACCUGAAUUCAACCAAGGGACACUUCAAUACGAACUAAUUAUUCGAUCCAACACGACAAUAAAUACGUUGGGUAAUUUUGACCUAAAAAAAACAUUCAAGCGGUGCAACCACAAUUAGUGGAAUUGUGUGAUGUACCUCAACAUCUUAAUGCAUGCAUUAGUAAGUGUUUUUAUAUGUAUAUAAUAUACUUUAUACUAAAAUCCGGUAUUUCUUAUAUAUCGAUAAACAUUUGUAUGCAAACGUACGUAUAAAUAUGUAACUAUAUGCUUUU